UGUAAGCUCUGCGAGGCCAUCUGCCCUGCCCAGGCCAUCACCAUCGAGGCUGAGCCAAGAGCUGAUGGCAGCCGCCGGACCACCCGCUAUGACAUCGACAUGACCAAGUGCAUCUACUGCGGCUUCUGCCAGGAGGCCUGCCCCGUGGAUGCCAUCGUCGAGGGCCCCAACUUUGAGUUCUCCACGGAGACCCAUGAGGAGCUGCUGUACAACAAGGAGAAGCUGCUCAACAACGGGGACAAGUGGGAGGCCGAGAUCGCUGCCAACAUCCAGGCUGACUACCUGUAUCGGUGAUGCCCCACCGGCCCGCAGCCCCUGCUGCCCAAUAAAACCGCUCCGACCCCCCAAAAAAAAAAAAAAAAAAAAAAAGAA